AUGGCCCGUAUAGAUCCCGAAAUCCUAGAGCCCGCCGACCUGGGGCGAGUGCUCUCAUUUUACCAACGUCUUAAUCAUAUUGGUUUGCGCAUAUCCCCAAGCCCUGAGCUUAACAUUGUAUUUGCGAUGACGCAAGCUAUCUCAGUAGGAGUUCCAGGUCCUAGUUAUUUCUCCGGGCUCACCAGCAGUGAAAUUGAAACCAAAAUACAAGCUACUGUUACUGAAGCUUCCAAGUGGGCCUCUGUAGUGGAGCAAUAUUUCUUUAACAACCCGGAUGGCACCUUUCACCGUGACCUUAUCUUAGCAGUACUGAAUAACAACAAGGUUUCAGCAGCUGCUCGCGAAGAUCCUCAGAGUCAUCUCUGGGGAUUACCAACAACUUCAGCAGCCUUCGUAAAAGGUCGAAGAAUUAUUGACGGUUCAACAAAAGUGGUGCCAAAGCAGGAACCCAAGCAAGAACCCAAGCAGGAAUCCAAGCAGGAAACCUCGAAGAAAGCUGGCCACUCUGAUACCAAGCAAGGAAAAGGGAAGCAGUGGUCCAAGGGGUCCGGUGGCAACAAGAGGCGCAACAAUGAAGACAAGCAAGCUAGAAAGUCGAACUCUGAUGGUCAAAACAGAGUUGCUGCCUUGAAAGCUACCGAAUAUCUUGAGGUGGCUCGCGACGAUGUUGAAACUCUUUGCUCUGUUGCUCGGGCUAUCCAAGACGUAUUUGAUAAUGACGGCGGAAGCAGUGAUUAUUCGCCAGUUGCUUUUCUUCCACCUGCCAACCAAAUCGCCUCUGUGGGUGAAACAAAUCUUCCAAAUGUUCUUGAUUCUGGAAAUGCUACUGGUCAUCUUAUCUCAGACAACAGCUACUUUGUGUCGUAUGAGAAAUACAGCAGCCCCAAAACCAUCAGCUCCUAUGGUGGUGACGGUGGCACCAAUAUUUGCCAUAUUGCUGACGCACUUUAUUUUCCUGCUGGGUCUAGCAAUUUGUUUUCUGAUUCUGUCUGGCGCACGCACGAUGUUUCUUUUCAUACGGUCCCAAGUGGGGACUGUCUGGCCUAUUUUGGUGAGGAAAAGGUUGGUAGGGUUGGUGGUGCCAGAGAUGCCAAGUCUCACAUUUGUGCCAACAUUGUUCCGGUAAAGUUUACUAGGAAUAUCGUACCUCCAACUGGCUCCUUCAAGUUCUCAGGAAAUUCAAUUGACUGGGAUCAGAUUUGCAGACAAGGACCAGAAGCUAUGAGGAAGGUUGAUAAAUCAGCUCUCGCUGUUGGAAAGGGACUUCCUGUCCUCUCACCGUCUCUCAAAUUUAUUGCAAAGGAGGCCGUGUUGAAUUCGCAGGCACUUGACUGUCAUGUUCGGUUUGCUCAUUGCUCUUUGACUUCGGUGAAGCAUUUAGCCAAGCUUGCUGAUCCUCCCUUUGAGGUGACCAAGCGUGACGAAGAGUUGAUCAAGGACUGUGUCAUAUGUGGCACGUCAAGAAGCAUUAAGCGGUUCACUUCUCCGGAUAAGCAUAUAGCUUCUGAAUCCACGGCUCCGUUAGCCCAGAUUCAUGCUGAUCUCGUCGGUCCCAUAGGUCCUGCCUCUUCAGGGGCCAGGUACAUGCUGAAUAUCAUUGAUGCAUUUUCUGGUUACAUCUAUGCUUUUGCUCUGGAAUCUAAGGAUGAAGCUCCUGGGAAACUUAUCCAGUUCUUUAAGCAGUUUGUGCCCAAAGCUGCUCGCCGUGCUGCUGACGGCAAGGCCACCAAGCUUAUUACUGACAAUGGUGGUGAAUUUAUCUCUGGCACACUUGGAAAAUUUUUGGCAGAUUGGGGCGUCAUUCAUAUUUUAACUGCUCCUGAUGAACACCAACAAAAUGGAAAAAUUGAGCGUGCCCACCGCACACUUCGUGAGAUAUCUACUAGAGCCUUGAUGCAGUCGACACUCUGGGCCAAUAUCUACUGGGACUCUGCCUGGCUCUACGCUGUGCAGGUAUAUAAUUUCUCCAUAGUUAAUAAAGCCGGUAUAUCACCUUAUGAAGCCUUUACGGGCAGAAAACCACCUAUAGCACUAGUGCACACAUUUGGCUGCCUAGUUUUUGUCAUUAAAUCUGAGUCUCAGAAACUCAAAGGGACCCUUCAGCCUCGGGGCGAGCCUGCUCUGUAUUUGGGUCCCGACCCGUUAAAUCCUAAGAAUUUUCUAUGCAUUACGAGGAACAAGCGCAUUCGGCGCUGUGUACACGGCAACUUUCGUGACCAUGUCUUGCCUGGCGUUAAAUUUUUUGGCGAAAAGCCAAUUUACGAGGGUGACAUUCUCAUUGACUACAGUGAGGUUGGAAAUCGUGACCCUGACUACAGUGACUCUUCCACUGAUGAAUCAGAAAGUGAAGAUGAAUCUGACUCUGACGACUACUCUCCCACUUCACUCUCUGGUGGUGGUGGUGGUGGUAACUUUGGCUGGACCUAUGUGGGCUCUGAGGGAAGGAGCCACAGAUCCAGCAGAUUGGAGGACCAGGAUUCUACUUCUACAUCAUCGACACCUAUAACUGAAAACUCUUUUCAACCGUUGGAAGAUGAUGAUGUGGAGCUGGUUGCAGAUGAAUCAAUUAGUGUUGCUGACGACAAAGAUACACUUCAGUCUGAGGACCAUAUAUUGCUCGAAGAUUCUGCUGUUGAUGAUGCUGAUUUGAGAUCGGUGAACUCCAACGUAGCUGGUCGCCCUGGUUCCGAAGAUACUAACGAAGAUUUUUCUCACGAAAAUUCAUUUUCUGAACAUAUGGUAAAGCUCCAGAAAGCCUUUGCUCCAGGAACUCAGUCGCCCUCAGUGGUGGCUCAUCAAACAAGUCCGGUGACUCUUCCCAAACAGCUACACAUUUUGGAUGAGGAUGACAGUGUGGAUCUUGCGCUGUCUGGAACUGCUGAACUUAUCCGUGAGGCUUCAGCUGUUGAAACCGCGAGCCAAUCUGGUGGUGACAAUCAGGAUGCGGUUGACUCAGAAACCAAUGAUGAAGACAUGGAUGGGUCUGUGGAACAUAUACUGGGUUUCGACGAAUUGGAAGACUCAUCAGAUUCUGAAUCUUCGUCUAGCGACGUUGUCAUGGAUUCCUCUACUAAGUUGGAGGAAGCUCCUGCGAGAGAUGUCGGGGUGCCGCAAGUUUUAGGUGACACUCAAGGUACUGCUACAAGCACAAAUAAUCCUGCCAGCAAUCAACUGGUUUUGGCGGCGGCGGAACUUGUACGGGCCACCACCGAGCUAGUACAAAAUACGACGUCAGCAAAUCGGUCUGCCAGAAUGGCUGAGGUGGGCGGUAGUAGGAAGAGGCAUCUAAAUUUAGCGAGAUUAAAAUCUGCGCUGGAACGUGCUGGUCAGCCAGAAAAUCGUCGUUUACAUGCCGGUAGGCGGAGCCAAGUGGCUGGCUCCUCAGGAAUACGGCAGGAGCUACCGGAGCUACCCCCAGCGCCCUCCUCUGAGAGGCUGUUGCUGGGAGCUGGUGGUUCUGAUACUGUUACUACUGCUGCAUCUGGAAGUGGCAGUGAACUGAGAGACACUGCUGUGAAUGAUCGCCCACGCUUACCGCCUGCACCAUCUACUCAGAGGCUCCUGCUAGAGUAUGGGCGAGCAGGGGACGCUACAAGCUUUGGGGACAAUGCAAGCGACGUGCAGCACAGCUCCGUGCAACAAAAUCGACAUAUGCUACUUCCGGCUCCACCUUCGAGACGGUUGUUGUUGGCAGCUCCUCCUUCUUCUUCUGAACAUGAUUCGCAAACUGCUGGGCAAGUAGCUGUUCGACAAGCAAGCCAACACUCUGCUCCGGCAGAAGCCCAACAGCCUCUUGCUGAUACUGAAAGAAUUACUAGGUCUGCUGCGGGUGCUGCGGGUGCUGCGGGUGCUGCGAGUGUUGGAAUAUAUGUCAUGGUACUAUCGUGUAUUUCAACAUUAUCCCAUAAUAUUUUUUUUUCCCAAUUACACUCUUUACAUUGUUACAUUAUUCACUAG